AAAAAAAAUUUCUAAACAAUAUUAAUCUAUCUUAUCAGGAGAACAGAGAGGAACAGAACAGAGCAUGGCUGCACAAAGAAACACCCUGCCUCUGCCUGCUUCUCCAAGGAGAAAAUCUACCACCCUUCUUCACCUCUUUGAACUCGAUUCAAAGAAUAAAAGUAAAAGUCCUAAGAUUUCCCUGUAUUUGUCCAAUUCUGAAAACGAAGAACUUCUUUCUAUUAUCACAUACUUCACCAGUCCUCUUGAAUCCCCUUCACCCCAAGAUCUUAAGCGGCUGAAGCUCACUCAGCUCCUCUCCAUCAUAAAGUUGAAGAAGACACUGCAUGAUCAAACUUUAGCCCCUCUCAUGUCGAUGCUAUCGACCAACCUGUUCCGGCCUCUCCCUCCACCUUCCAACACCUCCAUCACCUCAGAUUUCCCUGAUGACGAAGACCCCGUUUCUAAUUUUUCACCAAAAUGGUCGCACCUCCAAAUUCUCUAUGAUAUCCUCUUGCGAGUAGUUGCCACCACAGAUCCUGAGACACUUAAAGAACAUGUCGACCAUCCUUUUCUUCUCAAUCUCCUCUCCCUUUUCCAAUCCGAAGACCCCAGGGAGCGCGAUAUCUUGAAGAAUCUGUACCACCGGAUAUAUUUGAGAUUCACCUUCUACCGUUCAUUCAUGCGGAAAUCAAUGAACGAUGUGUUCUUGCACUACAUAUUUGACACCGACCGGCAUUGCGGCAUCGCCGAGCUGCUUGAGAUAUGGGGAACUAUAAUCAAUGGUUUCACUGUUCCACUCAAAGAUGAGCACAAGUUGUUCUUAAUGAGAGUGCUGAUUCCUCUUCACAAGACCAAGGGGAUGCUGGCUUACCAUAGGCAGCUGGCUUACUGUGUUUCUCAGUUUGUGCAGAAGGAGCCUAUGCUUGGAGGGACUGUUGUUAGAGGAAUUUUGAGGUAUUGGCCUAUUACUAGCUGUCAGAAGGAAAUUCUGCUGAUAGGGGAAUUGGAGGAGCUGGUGGAAAACAUAGAUCCUGAUCAAUAUAGAAAGCUAGCCCUGCCUCUGUGUUCCCGGAUUACAAAAUGUUUGAACAGUUGGAACUCACAGGUUGCUGAGCGUGCACUGUAUGUGUGGAACAAUGAGCAUUUUGUGAAGAUGGCGUCAGCAGCAAUAGAAGAAGUAUUUCCUGUUGUUGUUGAAGGCAUGGAGAAAAACCUGAAAUGGCAUUGGAGCAAAAGCGUGGGGCAAUUGACAGAAAAUGUGAAGGUGAUGCUGGAAGAAAUGCACCCAUUUUUGUACUCCAAAUGCCUGGAAGAAAUUGACCUCAGAGAAUAUAAAGCUCGCCUGGAAGAGGUCAAGAGGAAGGAAAAAUGGGAGAGAAUAGAGAUGGCAGCUGCCCGGAAGCAGUUCCUCCAACCACCACAUUACAUCUGUGUUUCCCAUUGAAGAACAGAGUGUACGAACUUUGCUGCCAAGUCAUUCAAAAACCAUUCAGUAUUUAAAUUAAAAGCUUUCUUGCUACUUAAUAAUUAAUUAAGCUGGACUGAAACCAGCUGCAGCAGGCAUA